UGAUAACUUGAUCCCGACCCCUCAAAAAAUCUUCUGCCAGUAAAACAGAUCGAGCCCUCUGUCUCCCCGCCAUUAGAUGGCUACAGCAGUGGUCUCGUACAUUUUUGUUGAAACAUCUAGGAUAAAUCGCCCGUAAAAUGUUUCAGAACCUUCGAACGUGUAGGAUCAAGCCGACCGGCAUUUCUCGGGUUCUGGAAGUUAACAGAUCACUGUCUCAUACAUCCAAAAAUGACUUCCCCUUCCGAAUAUCGAAAUGCAAUUCACCGUUGCCUCAUGAUGUCCAGAUAUAUCACGCAACUCGAUCGUAUUCAGGUCAAGCUAGAAGGCCCAAUUUCUUCUCCCAAUUCGUGGAGAACAUUAAACAAGAGAUGCAGAAAAACAAAGAGAUGAAAGAAUCCCUGAAAAAAUUUCGCGAAGAAGCGGAAAAGCUAGAGCAGUCCGACGCCUUAAAGUCGGCGAGACAAAAAUUCCAAACCGUCGAAUCGGAGGCGUCUAAAAGCUCUGAGCUGUUGAAAGGAAAGCUCGAGGGUCUGAAGGAAAAAGUACAGGAGGUAAUUGAUGAGGCCGGGAAAACAGAGCUUGGCAAGAAGGCCGGCCAGCUCGGCGAGGAGCUCUCCAAGUCAGCGAAGGGCGCUGCUGAGAGUAUUUCCGAGAAGAGUCAGGCUCUGGGGAAGAGCAGUGCCUUCCAAACAAUUUCACAGACUGCUGAAGUUGUCAGAAAGGAGCUGGACAACCACGGGAUCCAGGGGCGUGUCUACGUGCCACUGAAGCAGUUGAGGAAACGAAAGGAGAUACUGGACACUGAGGAGAAGACUGUGGAGGCUAAUACUGAGGCGACGGGUGUUGAGCUGCAUAAAGACUCCAAGUUCUAUCAGUCCUGGCAGAAUUUUAAGGAUCACAAUCCAUACGUCAAUAAAGUGCUUGAUUGGAAAAUAAAAUAUGAAGAGUCGGACAACCCUCUGAUCAGGGCAUCUAGACUACUAACAGACAAAGUGACAGACAUAAUGGGAGGGCUUUUCCAAAAAACAGAGCUCUCCGAAACUCUCACCGAAAUUUGCAAACUGGAUCCCAGUUUCGAUAAAGUUAAAUUUCUGAAAGACUGCGAGACUGAUAUUAUACCGAAUAUUCUGGAGGCAAUGAUCAGGGGAGAAUUGGAAAUUCUGAAGGACUGGUGCCACGAGGCGCCUUAUAAUCUCAUUGCGCAGCCCCUCACACAGGCGACGAAGUUGGGAUUUUAUUUGGACAAUAAAAUUUUAGAUAUCGAUAACGUUGACUUAGUAAUGGGCAAAGUGAUGGAGCAAGGCCCAGUCCUCGUGAUCAGUUUUCAGUCCCAGCAGAUCAUGUGUGUGAGAGACUCAAAGAACAAAGUUGUUGAGGGCGAUCCCCAGAAAGUAAUGAGGGUCAAUUACGUUUGGGUGUUGUGUCGUGAUCCCAGUGAAUUGAAUCCACAGUCAGCGUGGCGUCUACUAGAACUAAGUGCCAGCAGUUCCGAGCAAUUUGUCUAGCACAAAUCACGCUCUUUUAACGUUCAAACCAGGAGUGUUGUAUCAAUACUACUUUGUAAAUUAUUCAACAAUUAAUGGUAUUACGAGUCGUGGGAGAAGACUGUCUAUGAGGAUCUUAUUCUGAUGAAAAGAAACACCUGUCGUGGCACUUGUGUUAACCUCCAAUGAUCAGUCUAUAUGCGUUCACACGAUUGACAUCAUCGAAUCCCAUGGAAUAUCUUGAUAAUUUUAUCAAGUAAAUGUUCACUCGACUCACUCGAAAUUAGGGGUUGGUCGGGAUAACAAUGAGGGGGGAGAGAUAUAAAUAAUGUACGUUCUUAAAAUGAAAAAUUUGUGGAUAAAUGUUCAACUGUACUUCCUCUGUAUAUAUGUGAGAAUGACUUAUUAAAUUCAUCGAUUUAGGAUAUGUUAUGAGGAGAAAA